AUGAGGAACCUCAAGAAACCCCGAGAUGGAGUUGAAGCGGAUUCUUCUUCUAUCUCCACCUUACCAGACGAAAUCCUCCUCCAAAUAUUAAACAGAUUAAUCGAUCUGAAAACCCUUUGCUUUUGUUAUCUCGUUUCAAGACGCUUCUCCUCGAUUGUACUUCAAGUCGAUACCAUUUCCUUCACUGCUCCACUCAUAAACCCUCCCAUUCCCGAUAAGAACACCGUCGGUGAUGUAUCCCCAAGCAUGCCGCUUCCGCCUAUCGCUUCUUUCAUUAUCGAUAAGUACUUUCUAUCUGUCUCUACGUUUUUAAGCAACUUUACAGCAGUGAAGUCCUUAUUUGUCGAACUUCCGACUUCCAGUGACAAAGGUAUUGAUGAUAAUCGUUGUUUGUUCAAGUGGAAGGGUGGAUUCCAUCUUAAUGGAAACGAGGAUGAUGAAGCAGACAUCGAGUUAACAUGUGAUCUAUCUAGGCAGAAAUUUCGCAUUUCAUGUCAGUGUCUGGAGGAUGUGGUGGUGAGGCAUAAGAUGUCGUUGUUCUUCAUCAAGAGUCUACCAACAUUGGAAAAGGUUUCCAUUACUGAUUCAAGGAGAAGAGGGGAGUUUUCUCUUAGUGGGGAAAAACUCAAUGAGGUGAAUGAAUGGUUACAUUCAACUUUGGAAACUGUGAUGAAACGUGUAGAGGUUCCUGCUAGAGUGAAUCAGUGUUACAUUCCGGUUUUGAAGUUGCCAGUUUCAGGUGAAGAUGAUGGUUCUGAAGAUAAAGAAGAGUAUGAAUCAGGGAAUGAAGGUAGUUCAAGUAACAACUAACAAAGGAAGGGGAAAUAUGAGGUGUAGAUUGGUAGAUAUUAGUUGAAAGAAGAUAGAAGGAAUGUUUAAAACAAGUAUUGAGAUGUGGUUGAUAGCAUUAGCAACAUGUUUUUUUUAUAUGUAAAGGAUGCAUACCACUACUAAGUUGUACAAUAUCCACAAUAUAUAAUGUGGAAUCUCUCUCACCC